UGAGGUUGGGUUGUUGGUUGGAUGGAUUGGGAGAGUCCAGGCGCUAGGACCCGGGACACGUGAGCGUAUUAAUUUGCCAGAGGGUGGAGACGGUGAACAAUGAGGGAGCUGACUGGUAGGACCAGCAGAGGAGCAACAUCUGAGACACCCACCCCCCACUACCACCACCACCACCACCACACACACACACACACACUUCAAACCCAAUCCCACUGGACCGACGGACAGACAUUGAGAGCAAGACGCAGAGUUUGGAGAGAGUGGCAACAUGAAGAUUUAUCCAUGCAUGCUGCAGAGCGCAGAGGUUUACUGAGCCCCCCCAUGUUUGGAUGUGAAUGAAUGGGUUCGCCUCAGUGUGUAUGCGUGGUGCUGAACUGGGUCAUGCGGACCACUGGAGGAGCGAAAGAUAAACACGCACCCUCCUCCCGCUGCUUGGCAGGUUCAGAUGGUGGGCGCACAGAGGAGGGAUCCCAGCCUGUGUCCUCAUCUCGGCAUCCAGCAUCAGAUGAUGCUUUGAUUUAAUCCGCCUCCAAAGAAAGUCACAAACUGAAGAGCAUCUCCAAAAAAACAAAAAACAAAAAAAAACAGGUCGGGAAUCAUCUCGGGUGGGCAGAAGGCAAAGCGCAACGAGGGAUUUCAUCCAAGCUGCAAGGGCUUUGAGGUUGUUUUGUUUUUUUGAGGGACCUGUGAGGUUUUCUUCGCACCUAUAACUGACCGAUAACUUCCUUCAAACGAGGAGAUCCAUCCAUCAGUUUCCCCCCCUGCAGACCACAGCGGAUCGGAGCGCAGCAGCUCUGCUCGCCGAGCGGAUGCAGGACCAUGGAGGAGAGAGACAGGUCGCCAGCAGUCUGCCCCACAGCGUCAAGGCGAGCCUGUCUCUUUCUCCAUCUGGGCCAGGACGGGUGGGCAGCGGCGGGGGCUCGCCUACAUCCAAGAUGGGCUACUGUGGAGGGGUGCCUGUGGAGGACAUGCAGGCCCUGGCCAUCACCUCUCUGUCGGCAGCAGAUGUAGCCAAACAAUAUGAGCACAUACGGGAGCUGGGGAAGGGCACAUACGGCAAGGUGGACCUGGUGGCACACCGGACACAGGGCACCAAAAUGGCGCUGAAGUUCGUUACCAAGAACAAGACAAAGCUCAAGAGUUUCCUGCGGGAGUACAGUCUAACGGGCUCACUUAGCUGCAGCCCUUUUAUUAUCAAAGUCCUGGACGUGCUUUUUGAGACAGAAGACAGCUAUGUGUUUGGACAAGAAUAUGCACCCGCCGGGGACCUUUUCGACAUCAUCCCCCCACAGGUGGGUCUACCAGAGGAAAUGGUCAAACGCUGCAUGCAACAACUGGGCCUGGCCCUGGACUUUAUGCACAGUAAAAACCUGGUGCAUCGGGAUGUGAAACCUGAGAAUGUUCUCCUGUUUGACCGUGAGUGCCGGCGCAUCAAGCUGGCCGAUUUUGGUAUGACCCGACGCGUGGGGUGCCGCGUGAAACGGGUGAGUGGUACCAUCCCCUAUACGGCGCCAGAGGUGUGCCGUGCAAGCCGUGCCGAGGGUUUCCUUGUGACCACCAGUCUGGAUGUGUGGGCGUUCGGUGUGUUGGUCUUCUGUAUGCUGACAGGCAAUUUCCCCUGGGAGGCAGCGCUGCCCGCCGACGCCUUCUAUGAGGAGUUUCGACGCUGGCAGAAAGCAGGGUGCCCUGUGGGAACAUACCCGUCUCAAUGGCGGCGCUUCACUGAUGAUGCCUUGCGUAUGUUUCAGAGGCUGCUCGCUGCUGAGCCGGAAAAACGCUGUGGAGUCAAGGACGUCUUCUGCUUUGUCAAGUACGAGCUGGUGAGCGAGCUCAGGCGCAGAGCAUCUUGCAGAGCCAAGAGAGGUGAGAGGUCAAGCUCGGGAGUGUGUACCGGCAGUUGUACGUCCUCCUCAUCCUCCACUUCAACUCGUUCCUCCCACAGACACCCUGAACCCUCCACUCCUCCAGGAACAUCCUGCCUCCGUCCGGCACCACUCAAACGUAGUGUUCUCUCCGACCCAUUGUCUCCCAGAGAGGAGUCUGGACAGCACCAAUCUCCAGGCCGAGACAAGAACAAAAGCCAGAUGGUGAUGGCAACUGCCAUCGAAAUCUGUGUGUGACCACACUACGAUGUCAGUGGUGGAGACGAGAUGGCUUUUCACAGUAAUAACAAGCUGUGAAGAGGUGUUAAUGACUACCACAGAGACUCUAGUGAAAAAGAGAGGUACUUUAACCAUGAAAGAGAAGCUCAGGAUCGCAUCCGCGACUGUGGAAAUGGACAUCAUCAAUCAGCGGUACACACUCGGACAGCUUAUCACUGGCACAUGCCGGUUUGGUUUUGAUUUGUGACCAAAGACUGCUUCCAGAGCUGAGAAGCCAUGUAGGCAGUGUUUAAGAGUCUGCUGAUGUUGCCCCUCUCAGCAGCUCAUUCUGCCAUCCAGACAUUUGUUGUGUUUUCUGCCCAUUCACUGUGGUGGUGCUAACGAUUCUAUAAUUAGAUACUCCAGAAAAGCCAAUUCUGUCUUUUCAUCACUCAGUGUCUUUAUCCUUGUGUUUAUGUUACGUCUCUUUACUAGCGUUUAUUAUAAGCUCCAGGGAGGCCAAAACUUCAUCUGAUGCUGUUCAGUCGGCGGCUGGUGAUCUGGGGGCAAUCUACGCAACUCCAUUCGACCGCCAUCUCUCAGACUUCCUGCCAACUUCCAGUGCAUAAAAUUUGUCUUUGACUUUUUCAAAUGUUAUAAAGAGAAGAAAAAAAAAUAGAAGAAAAGAAAUAUUAAUGUAGCAGUUUGUAUGAGACGUCUUUUCAUGUCGGUGUCUAGACUUAGAGACAUAUUCUCAGUAAUAGGCAUCACCUCAGGACACUUCAGUGGGUCACUUCCUGUUUUAUUAUAAAUGGAAAUCUAUCUGAAUGGUUGGAAAACGCAUCCGCCACUUUUGAACUUGCUCUCAAUGAGAUUCAUUUCCAACGUAACACAACAGAACACAGGGAAUGUACAUUUUUCUGUACAGCGAAACAAAGUGGCGAACAAAGAAGAGGAGAAGAAAUGUCUUUCUAUUGUUUUCUUUUCUACCUGCCUUGUGUGUGUUUGGAUGUGUACGUGUGUGUUUCAAAUGCUAAAGCACAAGAUUUUUGUAAAGGAGGAGGACUCUUAGCGCAAAACUACAACUCUAUAUUGUAAAUAAUUUGAUAUUUCUAGGAGUGCACCGUAAUAUCAGGUAGUUCAACUAUGUAGCGGUACAAAUUUUCUACGACAGGGAAAGGGGUUUUAGGGUUUUACAGUUACUGUCGGGACAAUGCACUGUAUGUAGCAACGAAAUAUGACAGAUUGUACAGUAUAUCACAAAUUAAAUAUGUAGAAAUAUGAUCUAAAGCCUAUCACAAAGUAUAACAUGGUAGCAGCUGCUGCUCUCUCUUUUUUUCUUUUGUUUGUUGUUUUGGGUUGUUUUAUCUGAGAUGGACCAGGUUUUCUUUACCCAGAUAUGACACACAAAUUGGUGAAUAGACAUCACUCAUUUCUGCAUUUUCCUGUCACCGUAACCUUGAGCAACAUUGUGUGAAAUCAUCAUGCUUCCUGGUUGUCAAUGAGUACAGCCCAUUCUGUCUUCAUUCGAUGGGUUAAAGCUGCUGCAAAGGGCUGCUUUGCAGAAACCUUUCAUUUAUAUUUCCUCUGGAAAUUUAUCCAAACGUAUCAGUUGAAUAGCAGAGCCCAGGUGUUUAUUGCCUGGAGGGAUGACCUCUGUCAGCCUUUGCUGUUCUGCGAGCUGAUGAUUGAUGCUGGUGCACAGCUUCAGCUUCCAAAGAUAUACUGCUAAUUAUAAAAGCAUCAAAAGAGCUCAGUAUGUUCAACGCUUUGCUCAUUACCAUUAUUAAAUCCUUGCUUCAAUUGCGUUACUGUUAUGUCAGUCAGGUGCAUGCGUGUCUCUGUGUGCGUGUGGGAGCGUGUGCUUGUCUUCACUUCCCUUAUUUCCUUAUUGUUAUGACAGCCCAUCAGCUCUGUCGCUAUAGUGACAGUGCCGGUGCUCCUCUGGUUCGGCUUCUGUCCUCUUCUUGAAAAUCAAGUCUAAUUGAGCCCAAAUGAAACAACUGGUCACCAGCACCACUCACUCCCAGUCACCCACAGCUCCUCAUGACAGUUGCGUAGCUUAUUAUACUCGAUGACAUCCUCCCGCAGAUGCACAUCUCCUGUAUUUUAUGAGGCAGUUCACACACCAAAGUCCAUCCGGUCUCAUCAGGCAUAAGUGAAGCUGUUUAUAGUCCCUGUCAUUUUCCUAGCUCUCUCCAUCCUCACUCUUGAUUGUGCAUAGGUGACCUGAUUGAGGCUGAAGACUUGUCAAAGGGAUGUAUUGUAGGCCUCAUAAGAUCUGCCAAAAAGUAAUCCAUCAGUAGAUUGUAGUGGAAUGUGAAUUAGCCACGCUCUACAUCUUUCUAUUCUGCCUGUGUGAUGAUGUGGGAUCUACAUAGUAGAAAAGACAGGAUGUGCGUAAGGUAAUUUUAAAGCAACAUUGAUGCAACAUAGUGUAACUUAACGCGUACACUUUUUGGACAUAACAUAUGGCAUAAUGUAACAUUAUGUAACGCAUCUUAACAUGACGCAACUUAACAUCACGUGACAAAGCAUUACUUAAUAAUAGUAAAUAAAUAUACUACAUCAGUUUAUCAUUUAUGUAUACAUGUAGACCCCAACUGGACAAGUGACACGGUGUUCUCAUAUGAGCAACUGUGGAUUUAUUAAACAUCAUAGCCAUUAGCAUCAUUAGGCUACUGUCAGUCAUUAGUGUCAAGUGCAAUGUUGUUCCUCAUUGACUGUUAUGACAGGAAAAGUUUAAUGAUGAUACGUCGAAUUAUAUCACGUUUUACCGAAGCUCUAGAGAGUAGCCUUCCUUUAACCCCAUCCACCCUGAUCCCAUGAUAAAAUGUCUUAUGCCAGCAAGUGUUGUUGUAGAAUCACGUGUAAAUAAUGUAUUGUGUCUUUAACAAAAGAAAAUAAAGUUCAUAUAUGUUGAAAUAAAUUUAUGCACCACAUCUAAUGGC